CUCUCCGCUCGCAGCCCGACGGAGGCGCUUGGCCGGCAUCGGGCGGCAGAGCGGCUGCGGGGACAGGGUUGGCGGCGGCCGCGCGGCUCCGGAGACAGACGGGGCGGGAGGCUCCGGCGGGCAGUGGCGGAGGGUUGCGAGCUCCCCCGCAGACGGCGGCGGCCCCGCCGGAGUCCAGGCGGCCAGAGGAGGAGGAGAAAGGGCGGCGGCUCUCCGCCGGCGGCGGACUCGCUCCGGUAUGGCCCUGGCGGACAGCGCCCGCGGGCUGCCCAACGGCGGCGGCGUGUCGCCGGCGGCUGGGAGCGGGGCGGCGGGGAGCGGGGCGGCGGCGGCGGGCGGCUGGUCGUCCUUCCCGGAGAUCGUGGAGCUGAACGUGGGAGGGCAGGUGUACGUGACGCGGCGCUGCACCGUGGUCUCAGUGCGAGACUCGCUGCUCUGGCGCAUGUUCUCGCAGCAGCAGCCCAGCGAGCUGCCCCGGGACAGCAAGGGCCGCUUCUUCCUUGACCGCGACGGCUUCCUCUUUCGGUACAUCCUGGACUACCUGCGGGACCUGCAGCUGGUGCUGCCCGAGCACUUCCCCGAGCGCAGCCGCCUCCAGCGGGAGGCCGAGUACUUCCAGCUGCCGGACCUGGCCCGCCGCCUGGCGCAGGCUCGGGCUGCCGCCGCUCGCCCCGCCGCACUGCACCGCGACGGCUCGCUCUGCGCCGAAGAGCCGCCGCCGCAGCCGCUUCUCGGCUACCUGGAGGCAGAGCAGCUGGAAGGAGGCGGUGGCGGUGCCUCAGCAUCCGCCCCGUCUCCCACCGCCAGCCGCAGCCCCUCGGGCGGGCCACUGCUCACGCCCUCGCAGUCGCUGGACGGGGCGGGCGGGCGGCGCUCGGGCUACAUCACCAUCGGCUACCGGGGGUCCUACACCAUCGGGCGGGAGGCCCAGGCGGACGCCAAGUUCCGACGGGUAGCCCGCAUCACCGUCUGUGGCAAGACGGCGCUGGCCAAGGAGGUCUUCGGAGAGACGCUGAAUGAGAGUCGCGAUCCCGACCGCCCUCCUGAGCGCUACACUGCCCGCUACUACCUCAAGUUCAACUUCCUCGAGCAAGCCUUCGACCGUCUCUCCGAAGCCGGUUUCCGCAUGGCUGCUUGCUCCUCCACCGGCACCUGCGCCUUUGGCCCUGAGCAGGGUGGUCCUGCCGAGGACAAGAUCUGGACCAGCUACACUGAGUAUGUCUUCUGCCGGGACUGAGCAUCUGCCCAGCCCGUGGUGGGGGGUUAAGGCAUUGGACCCUGCAUACCCUCACACUCAUGGUCCCCUCCCGUCAUGGAGGAAGGAGGAAGUGGAGGGGGGCAAUGUCCCCCUGCACUUUCUUCACCCCGGUGCAUGCGUCCAUGCACAAGGGCAGGUCAGCUUCCAGCACAGCUCCCAUCAUUCCUACACACAGCUCCUGAUGGCCUCAGGGACAGGAGGUCAUCAUGUUUGCUUUGGCCACCAUGUCCCUUUUUGUCUACCGUGUCCCUGCUCAACCACCGUAUUCCAGCUCGUCCUGUCAUCCUCCCUCCAGUGCCUCCCAGUAGCUGUGUUGGUAGUGAGGAAGGAGAGGUAUCGGUAGUAUAUAAAUACUUGUCCCUGGAAAGUGUGUGUGUGUGUCCAGCCCUUGCCCCUGUCUGUGCACAGGAGCUGAGGGAUAGCUCUGUCGGGGUGGAGUGUUUUAAAACCCACCCAUAUUUGGGCUGAGGAACCUUCCAGUUGCUUUUUAGCAAUUUCUGUUUUAAGAUAGCAUGACAAAUGUCUGUCUUUUCUCAUCCCCAUGUCCUUAAGUGUGAUUUCACCUUUGUGGGUGCACCUACAGUGGUACAUUUUAUCCUCUCACCCCGUCAAUAGAUGGUGAGAUGCCUAUCUGUGAAGGACAGUCACAUUCAAGUGAUACCUGACUGUGAGGGGUUGACACUCCUGCUGAGACUUCAUCUAUAGAGAUGAGUAAUUCUGCAGGAGGUACAUGCGUGUGGCCCUUCAGGACCGCUUGCAUCCACCUCCCCUGCCUGUUCCCUACUUUUCCAAACUCCCCUCUCCAUGUUCUUAAACUGGACCAGGGCUUGCAUAGCAGGUGCAUAAGGCUGAUAUGAAAGGACAAGUUCUCUGGAUAACCAACCAUUUGAACUAUAAUGUGUCCUCAGAGACACAUGUGUAUUUCCUUGAGAGGUAAAACAAUGAUGCUUUGAAAAAUUAAGAAUCCUUGUGAAUCAUAAUUUUCAUGGAUGGUGUGAAGUCGUUAAAAUUCUCUUGAAGUUACUGGCUGUAAUAUGCUUAGAAAUCCCAAUGUGUAUUUCCUUAAAUACCCUCAGAAUGAGGGGGGUGAGAUGAAACCAGGCUGGCCAGAGUGAAGGUAGGACCUGCUUCCUGGGAAGCUAAAAUCAUGUAUAUUGAAUUAAUUAAUGCAGAUGUACAUUCCAAGUAUAAUCACGAGCACCCUGCUUGUUAGUUUUGGUCACGUUAGUGCUGUAAAACUUGGAAGCCAACAGAACUGAUGCAGAAACCACUUUUUUAAGAACCAGUUUCUUAGAUUUCAUGACAGUACUACCAGGGCAGUGACACUGCUCAGAGUUAAGUACCUCUUCUUAGCCAAAAUUAGUGCUUCUUAGAAAGAAUUAAGCCCCAUCCUUAAAAAACUAUGAGAGUGACGCCAAGUUUCUUCAGGGGAAAUUACCAUUUCCGAGCUGUAUUUUGUUUGCAUUAUCUAACCAUUUUUCUUUCCCAGAGGAGGCAGCAAUAGCUUGCUUUGGAACAGAUGAUCUGAGCAGCAGGGUUUAUGGUAGGGAAGAUUGAGCAAGCUGCUCAAUCUCAAUAAAUUAAUGAAGAUUAGGGUACAAAAGCAUUUUCUUUUGAAACAUGAACUCGAUUUAAAAUCAUAUACUGUCCCUUCAGACCUUCACAGAAAAAUAUCCUAAAUGUAUCUGAAGUGUCAAGGGAUUUAACAGUACAUAAUAAAGGCUUGAAGUUAUAUUUUUAAAACUCUAAAUAAGAAAUUGUUCUAAGUCCAAAUUUAGAAAUAUUUCUAGCACUUGUAUUCUAACCAAAGAAUUUCACAGUAGGGUUUUAUUUUUAAAACCUUAAUUCCUUUGAAAAGAGCUAUUGCUACAUAUGUAUUGAGUUUCAGUGCUCAGCCUCUGUGUUCACCACUUGGUCUUUCAUUAAGUGCAUGCACAAUGCAUAAAACUGAAAAUAAUUGUCAUCACCAUAGGUUUUUUUUUGUUUGUUUGUUUUUUUAUAUUGUCAAGAUUGCCUGUCGAUUUGAUUAAAUUGAAGAUGCACAUACGAAAGCACUGGGUAUUGUAGAUAGUUGCACAAUGGAGUAUUUUUAAAAGGAGAGACAUGUAUAUCUGCCAACUUACAUGAGCAAUAAGACAGAGUGAGAGGCCAAUAUACCUGAAGACAGAAUGAAACCUGUUUGUCCCAAGCCUUACUCUGAAAUGAUUUCUUUUGUGCUUAACAUUUAUACCACAAGUGAAAGGACAUUGAUCACAGCUACUAGGUCUUUAUGCCAUUCUUGAGAAUAAUGACCAUCCUUUUCUAGUUUCUGUUAAGUAAUUCUGAAGUAUGUUUUUUAAGAUUUUAUAUAAAAUCAGUUUUCAGUAAAGUGUUAAAAUUUGCUCUAGUUUUUUUUCCUUUUUUUUUAAAGAAGCUGGUAGCUUACUAUAUCCAUCAUAGGACCUAUGAAUAGGGGCAGUUUUAAAUUGAACUUCGGAUUUAGUGUAUAUAUAUAUACAGUAUAUAAACAUUUUACAUGAAUCAUUUAGUUUUUUAAUCAUUUUAGUGCUACAGAAUUUCAUAAUAUAUCUAGCUGAGCAUUUGCAUAUUACGCUGUGUACAUAAUAUUGUAACGUUUUACUGGUUUCCUAUACCUGUUUCUAUGGAAAAAUUGAAUAUGAGUAUCAGCUUGUAGAACUGAAGUCAAUAACAUAUUUGCUUGAAUGUGAAUCAUAGCUGAACUUACAGGUACCUGAAUGCAUCUCUAAAACAGUGAUCUCCUGUAUUUUGAUGAGUGAUUGCCUAUCUGUUUGCUGGCCAAUGACCCAGAAAUUCUCACAUUUUACAUGAAAAUGGGUGCAAUAAAACCAUAAACUGAUGAUUUUUUAAUCUUUGUGUUUGUGCUAAAAACUCUGAGCAUAACUAGUACUAGGAAAUGGGGCCCCACAUUUACUGAUAACUCACUACAUCUAGGCUUAAAAGGAUGCUGCCAUAAAUGUAAUAAUAAUUUGAUUGUUUGCCACAGAAGACAAUAUUUUUCUUAAACAUUGCUCAGUAAUUUCAGCAAAAUUUUUUAAAGGUAAAAUGCCCAAGGCAAAGUCACUGAGUUUUGCUGGUCUCUUCUACUGAGAGCUCAAAUAAAGGAUAACCACGAUGACUGCUAACCUGUUGACGUGUGGGAGGAAAGGAAGCUAGAGGCACAAUACUGGAGUCCUGUAUACAUUUUGUAGCUGUUCUCAUUUCAUGUUCUUAUUUAAUGCAUUAGUUUUGCAAGUGCUAUUAAAAAAGGCAGUGUCUCUUUUAAUUAGAAGUUAAAGCAUAGGUCUAUUUAGUGAUGCAUAUCACGAACAGUGACUUUGCAGACGUUUGAUAGAAUGUCUAUAUUUUUAUACAUGUAGAUAAUGAGUCACUUAUUCAUUCUUAUUUUCACAUGUACAACAUUGGAAAUAAAGAUCCUCCUAGAAAAACAUUGCAUACCAAAUUAAAUUCUUGCUCUUUAAAUAGUAA